AUGCUUUUCACCGUUCUUCUUCGCUUGACUACCUUUCUGGUGUUUGCCGGUCUCCUCGGCCUCACCCAGUCUCCCAACGAGUCUCGAUAUCGUAAUUCUUUCCGAACAUGGCCUCCCUGGGACUCGACCUUCGACUAUGUCGUGGUCGGUGGUGGAACUGCAGGUAUCACCAUUGGCUCCCGUCUCGCUCAAAAAGGCUUCACUGUCGCGGUACUUGAGGCAGGCGACUAUUACGAGUCCACCCAUCCGACUUCUCGUGUGCCUGGGGCUGCCUCCAUUGGCAUCGGUGCCGAUCUCAAAACGGCAACCAACAUUGAUUGGAAAUUUGUCGCGGAGCGAGUGCCGGGUGCAAGCAGUCGUAACAUUCAUUAUGCCCGAGGGAAAUGUGUGGGAGGAUCCUCCGCCAUUAAUUACAUGAUUUACCACCGCCCCCCUCGUGGUGCGAUGGAUAAGUGGGCAGAAGCUGUCAAUGACCCCAGCUAUCGGUUUGACAACGUCCUUCCUUUCUACCAGAAGACUGCAAGAUUCACAGAGCCGGAUCCCCAGUCAGGAAAUUCGAACACUCCAUACAACAAGUCUGCCUUCUGGGAGAGCGGCUCGCCGUUGCAUGUUUCAUUUCCCCGAUAUGCAAUGCCCUUCUCCAGAUGGGUCAGCAAGGGUCUGAUGGCAAUGGGUGUUCCCGAGGCAGAAGACUUCAACAGCGGUACACUGAUGGGCCAUCAAUUUACCAUGAUGACAAUCCGCCCGUAUGAUCAAACCAGAAGCAGUUCAGAGGCCGCCUUCCUCCUGUACGAUAACCAUGUGGAGAAGAUGACUAUUUAUCAAAAUACAUUGGCCAAGAGGAUCUUGUUUGACGAGCACAAGCGGGCCAUCGGGGUCAGGGCUAGUCAGUGGUGGGACUUCACCGUCAAGGCAAGAAAAGAAGUAAUCAUCUCAGCUGGUGCUUUUCAGUCCCCGCAGCUUUUGAUGGUUUCGGGUAUCGGUCCCGCAAAGACACUUCAGGAACACAGUAUUCCAGUGAUUGCAAAUAUACCGGGUGUUGGUCAGAACAUGUGGGAUCAUGUCUUCUUCGGUCCAUCCUACCAGGUCAAAGUCAGCACUUUCAGCAUGCUGGCACAAAGCACAUUCUGGUUUGCGGAGCAACUUACCAGUUACGGUAUCUUUCACAAUGGCAUGUUGACAAACCCAUCAACGGAUUAUCUGGCAUUUGAAAAGAUCCCCUCCCCAUGGCGAGCUUCUCUGUCCGUCAAAGCGGAGCGCGAUCUCUCCUGGUUCCCUGAUGACUGGCCCGAGGUUGAGUACCUUGCAGCAUCUGCCUAUGUCGGAAAUUUCUCCGACCCCUACAAGCAGCAACCCGAAUGGCCCAAUCAGUAUGGUACCAUUAUCGGAUCCCUUACUGCUCCAACAUCCAGGGGAAAUAUGACAAUUCGCUCCGCCAGUAUGACCGACCUCCCAGUCAUUAAUCCGAAUUGGUUGAGCACGGAAGCGGAUCAGCAACUGGCAAUUUCGGCGUACAGACGUAUCCGAGAUACCUUCCAACACCCCGCGAUGAAAGAAGUGCUUGUGGGACAAGAAUAUUUCCCUGGAGUGAAGCAUCAAAGCGAUGCAGAACUACUCAGUAUCAUCAGAAAAACAGCGAUGACAAUCUUCCACGCCUCUUGCACAUGCAAAAUGGGCACCCCAGAUGAUCCUUACGCCGUUGUCGACAACCGGGCCCGAGUCAUCGGAUUUCCGAACCUGCGAGUCGUCGACGCCAGCGCGUUCCCAAUUUUGCCGCCGGGCCAUCCUCAGUCAACUGUUUAUAUGUUAGCAGAGAAGAUCGCAGACGAUGUCAUCAACAACUCCCAAUGA